AUGAUUAACUUGAGGCUUGUAACUGUGGAAACAGUAUUAAAGUCUCAGAUGGAAACGGUACACAGAGAUCUUCCAGCGAAGGGAAGGGAUGAAGGGAUUUCAGCAUCCUCUUCAACAAAUGAAUGCAUUUCAGUUAAAGGAAAAAUCUACUCUGUAUUAAAGCAGAUAGGAAGUGGAGGUUCAAGUAAGGUAUUUCAGGUGUUGAAUGAAAAGAAACAUAUUGCUAUAAAAUAUGUGAACUUAGAAGAAGCAGAUAGCCAAACUAUUGAUAGUUACUGGAACGAAAUAGCUUAUUUGAAUAAACUGCAACAACAUAGUGAUAAGAUCAUCCAACUUUAUGAUUAUGAAAUCACAGACCACUACAUCUACAUGGUAAUGGAGUGUGGAAAUAUUGAUCUUAAUAGUUGGCUUAAAAAGAAAAAAUUUAUCAAUUCAUGGGAGUGCAAGAGUUACUGGACAAAUAUGUUGGAGGCAGUUCACACAAUCCAUCAACGUGGCAUUGUUCACAGUGAUCUGAAACCUGCUAACUUUCUAAUAGUUGAUGGAAUGCUAAAGCUAAUUGAUUUUGGGAUUGCAAACCAAAUGCAACCGGAUACAACAAGUAUCAUUAAAGAUUCUCAAGUUGGCACGGUUAAUUAUAUGCCACCAGAAGCUAUCAAAGAUAUGUCUUCCUCAAGAGAGAAUGGGAAAUCCAAGUCAAAGAUAAGCCCCAAAAGUGAUGUUUGGUCUUUAGGAUGCAUUUUAUACUACAUGACUUAUGGGAAAACACCAUUUCAGCAUAUAAUUAAUCAGAUUUCUAAAUCACAUGCCAUAAUUCACCCUAAUCAUGAAAUUGAAUUACCUGAUAUCCCAGAGAAAGAUCUUCAAGAUAUUUUAAAGUGUUGUUUAAUAAGGGACCCUAAACAGAGGAUAUCCAUUCCUGAGCUCCUGGCACAUCCAUAUGUUCAAAUUCAAACUCAUCCAGGUAACCAAGUGGCUAAGGGAACCACUGAAGAAAUGAAAUAUGUUCUGGGACAACUUGUUGGUCUGAAUUCUCCUAACUCCAUUUUGAAAGUUGAUAAAACUUUAUAUGAACGCUAUAGUAGUGGUGAAAGUCAUGAUUCUUCGUCUUCUGAGACUUUUGAAAAAAAAUGGGGAAAGAAAUGAUUUGCAGCUACUUAUAAAUUGUCAAAUAAUACC